AUGGAUGACCAGGAUGAUGCCGUCAUGGAGCAGAGGCUCAUCAAUGAAGAGUACAAGACGUGGAAGAAGAACAGCCCGUUCCUCUACGACAUGAUCUUAAGUACGGCGCUGGAGUGGCCGACCCUGACGACGCAGUGGUUUCCCGAUGUCAAGGACGUCAAGGACAGAAACUACACGGUGCACAGACUGCUCAUCGGCACCCACACUGCUGAGGGCAAACCCAACCAUCUUCAGAUUGCCGAGCUCGAGAUUCCGAAAUUCGUCCAACCUAACCCCCGCGACUACGACGAGGAGCGGGGCGAGAUUGGCGGCUACGGCGCCAAGGGGUCGUCCGGGGAGCCGCCUGUCAUCAAGUUCAACAUCACCCAGAAGAUUGACCACCCGGGCGAGGUCAACAAGGCGCGGUAUCAGCCUCAGAACCCCGACAUCAUCGCCACCCUCGCUGUUGACGGCAAGGUCUUGAUCUUUGACCGCACUAAACACAGUCUGACACCCACGGGCACGCCGAACCCCCAGAUCGAGUUGGUCGGCCACAAGGCGGAAGGUUUCGGCCUGGCAUGGAAUCCGCACGAGGAGGGCUGUCUUGCGUCCGGCAGCGAGGACAACACCAUGAUGCUCUGGGAUCUGAAGACAAUACAGGGCUCGGGCAAGACGCUGAAGCCGUGGCGCAAGUAUACGCACCACAGCCACAUCGUCAACGACGUGCAAUACCACCCUCUGGUCAAACACUGGAUUGGCACCGUGUCCGACGACCUGACACUCGCCAUCAUCGAUGUGCGCAACCCGACUACCACGAAAGCGGCUGUCGUCGCCCGCGAUGGGCACAGCGACGCAAUCAACGCGCUGUCGUUCAACCCGCGGCACGAGAUCCUCAUCGCCACGGCAUCGGCCGACAAGACAAUCGGCAUCUGGGACAUGCGCAACCUCAAGCAGAAGAUCCACACGCUUGAGGGCCACAACGAUGCCGUCACGUCGCUCGCGUGGCACCCUACCGAGACCAGCAUCUUGGGUAGCGGAGGCUACGAUAGGCGGGUUCUCUUCUGGGAUGUCAGCCGUAUUGGCGACGAGCAGCUGCCGGAGGACGAGGAGGACGGCCCGCCGGAGCUGCUCUUCAUGCAUGGCGGGCACACCAACCACCUUGCCGACUUCAGCUGGAACCUCAACGACCCCUGGCUUGUGUGCAGCGCGGCCGAGGACAAUCUCCUCCAGAUCUGGAAGGUAGCAGACGCGAUCGUCAACCCGGCUGACUUCGACCUGCCGAUGAACGAAAUGGACGCGUCCAAUUAG